GUGUAUAUUACAUGUAUAUCUUCUCCUUCUUCUGUGUAGUACGUCUGCUUCCUUCACUCCUGAAGAUCCUUGCAGAACGAGGGAUAUAUGAGGGAUAAUAUUCAUUAUUUCUUGCAUCCAUGGGCAUAUAUUUCUGCAGGGCUUGCAGGCCUACAGGUGCUUGGGAUUGCAUCGUGAAAUAGCCUGUUUGGGAAACGGGUGCAGGAUCUGGACACUUCCGGACUGAUCUAAUCAUCUAUAGUUUGAGAAAGAAAACAGUUGAUAUCUAAUGGAUUUCCAGCUAAUAAAAAACAUGUUGAUCUGAAACUUCCCUUGAUGAAGCAGACCCUCGGUGCUAGGACAGGAUUAACGCCGCCGAAUGAACCUUUCCUGAUGACGUUUCUGGAGGAUAUCACUGACAUUAGCGGGAUUAUCCUCGGAAAUGCCUUCUCGUGUUCCAGUAGUCACCCAACGGGAUUAACGGCUCAAAGGCGGCGAAAGUGAUGCGUAGGAGAAGCUUGAUCAUUUUUCCAGUAGCACGGUCUGUAAAUGGUCCUAAAUUAUGAUAGCCAUGACAAUAUGAUGUGAUAUGCUAUCCCCUUGUUCUUAUCUGGUGUAAGAUCAUGCAAUAUCGCUAGUUGAAUUUUGGAUGAAAGGGCAUUUGCCUUUCACUGUUUUCCAUGGAUACCUGCUUCUGUUUAUAUCUUAUCUGACACUCCAUCAAAGUCAGAGAACUAUGAGACUAUUAUGUUGCGAUUAUUUAUCACUUGGUGACUUGAUGGUGGUGGUGUUCUUAAAGGCAGUCAUAGACAGAACAAUUAAGGCAGUUUGUAUCUGAGUCGGCUCUGAGCAAACAGACGAUGGUGAUAGUCCCUGAUUAGAAUAAAGCUUAGGUUCACAAUACAUUUCAGUGUAGAGCGAGAUUCCGUGAUUAUCAUUAAUUAAAAAAAAAAGAGAUUUACACAUUACUGUGGAACUGAUUUCUACUAGUACUUCGUGUUGGAACUGUUUAAGAGCUUAAUUUUGGAAUUCCACAAAUAGUAUUAUUACACUGGAUCAGACCCUUUUCAACUGUUAAAACAGCCAUCUUUGAAGAUAUUCUUUUCCUGAUCAUUUGUCAAGAAAUGAGCGAAAUACUUUCCUUGACGUGUGAAAAGUGCUAGAGAACGGGACUUUGUCUCAAUGCCAAUGACCAGAAAGCUAAGGUUGCUCCAAUCUGACUUUGCUAGAAGUUACCGCAACUUUAUCAACAAUAUCUGUUAUUCUGUUACAGACUGAAAAUUUGCUUUUCUUGAACAGAUUGAGCAUUUAAGAUAGGAGCAUCAAACCCUCUUGAAAUAUCGCAUGUUGUAUGACAGAUAUUGAUAGUUUUUAAUAGGGAUAUCACAAUGGGAGUCAUCAAAGGUUUCAGUAUACUGUUUGCCAACGGGAAGAAUGUCUUCACACCCAAGGAGCACGUUGCAGGGGAAGUACUCAUUACGCUUGCUGAACCGAUGAAAGUCAAGACUGUGGAGGUCACCUUACGAGGUCAUGCCAAGGCAACAAAGAGUGGAAAUCUUUUAAAACCCGGAGAGCAAGAUAAGACCAAGCUAGGACAGGUUGUCAACGAAUAUUUAAAUACCAAACUUAAUCUUACAGCGGGAUCUUCCACGUUGCCGACUGGACAGAGCAGAUUGCCGUUCUCAUUUCUGCUACCUGAAGGACUGCCGACCUCCUUUGAGUCGAAACACGCGAGGAUACGUUACUGGCUUGAAGCAUCCAUUAUCAGGGCAUCAUGGUUCAAAUCUAAGAGGAGAACCCUUCAAGGUUUUACCAUCAUCGAGCAUGUCGAUGUCAACCAACCCGAGCUAUUGGCACCAGUUCAAGAGUCAAGAGAGCAUACAAUCGGAUGUUUAUGUAGAAAAUCGUUUCAAGCCACUGUCACAUUGAACAGGAAGGGCUACUGUGCUGGAGAAUCCGUGCAAAUCAACCUAGAGCUAGUCAACGGCACCAAGAAGUCUCUCCAGUCCCAGACGACGUUCCUUCAGAAGAUAGAGUACAGGGUCAAAGGUCGAACGCACACGGACUCGCAGCAGAUCAAUGCCCUGGAUCUCGGCAUGGUGCAGCGGACGCAGCGUCAUUUCUCAGGAAAUUACUACAUCCAAGUUCCUUCCAUAGCGCCCUCUAUAAACUCGUGUAAGAUCAUCACCGUUGGGUAUGUCUUGCAGUUUACAGUCUCAAUCCCUGGUACCAAAGAAAAGGUGAUAUUUGACUGUCCCAUAGCUGUUGGUACCAUCCCAUUCAGACAAGGACCACCUAUCAAUCACUACCCAAGCCCUCCACACCAACCUAGUCCAGGCCCAGGGCCUGGUAUUGAUGUAGGGGGAUUCUGCGUGGAUAUGCCUCCACUCAUAGACUGGCCCUCCAGAGAGUUCGGUCCCCCCUUGGACCUAGCACCAAACUCCUACCCAUCCUGCGCACCUCCGCAGUAUCCAGGAGGGCCUCUGAAUGAAGAAUCCAGCCUCCCAAGCGCACCUCCGCUACCGCAGUACGAAUCUGGAUCAGGGAUGUUCACCGCACGGGAUAGGACCGCAUUGACACCUCUUCGGAACGCCCCUGAGCUGCCAGAGUUCCACAAGUCAGCCUCUGAGGGGAGAAUCAACACUGCCUUCCUGCAAACUGGGUUCGAUGUUGGAGGGAACCAUCCCCGAGCCCCGCCGGUUGCCCCUAAACCGGCCUCACCAAGAACUAGUCGGUCCUCUCCUUCUACUCCUAAUGGCAACCCACUGGUCCUUCCUGGAGAUCCUACAGCAGUCAGACUCAAGCCCAACAGACCUGCUCCUAAAAUGUCAAAAGGCAAAAAGCAAGGCUCGUCCCCUUCUCCCGAGUUACCUCCACCUAAAGUUUCACCUGGCCGUCACAUCUUUCAGGAAGGUGGGGAAGACUGUGCUCAUGCUUAUGCAGAGUGCAUCUUUUCAUCAUCUGAUCAAGAAGAUGGUGGCAGAGGAAGGGGCGGUGGAAGAGGAGGAGGAGAAGGAAAGGUGGAGGAGUACGACGAUGAUGUCGAGGAUCAAGACCCUGACACAUACACCUAUGUUCCCAUCUAUGCCUACUCCAUGCCAAAUCUCCAAGUUAAUGGGAGCAGUUGAUGUGAAGUCACUCCACCAAAGAGGGCAGCUCCCGCAUGGGACAUCGAACAUUAUCAGGCAUGGUUGCUCGGUGGUUAGAGCGCCUGCCA